UACAGCCGGUCUAUUGUGAACCCACCGGAAAGAUGUUAGCCGAUAAUCCUUAUGCGGCUGCAAAAAUUCCUGGAGGGAAAGAAAAAUCGAAGAUCAGAAACAUCUUCUUCGUCUUCUUCUUCAUCCGAAUUGGAGUUCAGUAGCCGAAAAUUGAAAUCCUCAUUGCGAAAAAGAAAAAAAAAAUCGAAAGUUUCUCUGCCAAAUUUCCUAAAAAGGGAAGAGUUGGAGUGCGGAGAAGAUGGGUUUUACUAUUAUAUCUCAUUCUUUAUUGUUCCAUCACUAUUAUCAGUCGACCUGCAUCAAAUCUCAGUCCCACAAUUCCUUCUAUAACCAGUCCUGUCGUCCCCGGGUGUACAGUUUAUCGUCUCCUCUCCUGAUGCUUCACCGGAGAAGAAGCGCGUCCCGCGGCUCCACGAUACGAUUGGCGGUCACAGAGGAUGCCGGAGCUCGAGAAGGAGAACAAGAUAAAGAUGAUCAAAGAGCGGUUCCAAACCUUGAGACACUUUUGAGAAGAUUUUGGAAGGUAGCUUCCCCAUAUUGGUCAUCAGAAGAUAAAAUCCAGGCCAGGUUAAAGCUUGCUGCUGUUUUCGCUCUCACCUUAGGAACUACAGGAAUUAGUGUUGGGUUUAAUUUUCUUGGUCGGGACUUCUACAAUGCACUUGCUAAUAAGGACCAAGAACAAUUUACAAAGCAACUUCUUUACUACUUGGGAGCUUUUGCAGGAGGGAUUCCGAUCUUUGUCCUGAGAGAUUAUGCAAAAGAUACCCUUUCUCUAAGGUGGAGAUCUUGGAUGACUAGCUACUACUUGGAACGUUACCUAAAGAAUCGUACAUUUUACAAAAUUCAGUCUCAAUCCAUAAUUGACAACCCUGACCAGCGCAUUGUUGAUGAUCUGAGCUCCUUCACUGGAACAGCACUUGCAUUUUCAUUGACUGUCUUUAAUGCAGCUGUUGACUUGAUAUCUUUCAGUAAUAUCUUGUAUGGAAUCUACCCUCCCUUAUUUGUAGUUCUUAUUGUUUAUUCACUCGGGGGUACUGCUGUUAGUGUGUUUCUUGGAAAGGGUUUAGUCAACUUGAACUUCAUGCAAGAGAAGAAAGAAGCUGAUUUUCGUUAUGCACUAGUGAGAGUUCGAGAAAAUGCCGAGUCAAUUGCAUUUUAUGGUGGUGAAAAAAAUGAAAAGCAGCUUCUGUUAGACCGUUUCAAGAGGGCUUUUGAAAAUCUAAGU